AUGCAGGUUCUGGAUGCGUUUUUGGAGCAACUGAGCGAUCAGAGCACUCUAGAAAGGCUACAAGGUGCAGGUGACUUUGUGCAGGCUGCCCAAUGUCUGGUGGAGCUUGCUAGCCCUGCAGGCCAGCCUGCCAACAGCGAGGCGCAGCAGCAGAGGGAGUUUGCAGCGGAGCAGCGGUCUAAUGCCCUGCUUGAGACAUUGGCUGGCAGGGCAAGGGGUGUCAUAGGAGCGGAUGCAGAUGCCUGCCAGCUGACGGUGGGGGAUGGCGGGGCUGCAGCGCAGGUCUGGAAGGCCUUGCAGCUCAUGAAUCACCUUGAGGAGCACCUGCAGGCUGUUGGGGAUAUGCUCCUCUCCCAGGCCCUGCUGCCCAUUGUAGCAUCACAAGGCGUGUCUGUUUGUGAGUCUAGCAGCGACGGGGCAGGAGGAGCGAGGAUGCUGCAAUGGAGCAGACAGCACGGGGCUGCCCCAGAAGAAGACAAGUCAGCUUUUGGGAGCGAGAAGGAUAUAGCAGCGCUGUUGGGCGCCAUUGUAUGGCCGAGGCUGGCGGCAGCCUACGUAGAAAAUUGCCUGAGUCCAGCGGUGCCCGAGGAUGACUCGCAGCUGGAGCACUUCCAGCUGGUAUGCAAGGCCGCCCAGCGUUUUGAGAGCCAGGCUGCUUCCCUUGGGUUUGUGCCGCGGGACGAGGAUGGCCGCGGCCGCAUAGAGCAGUACGUGCGCCACGCACUGGACCGAUUCCUGCACGCCAAGCGGCUGCGCGUGGUUGCCGCCGCCCGGGACGCGCUCAUGGCGGCCGAUGCCGACACGGUGGAGGCCGGCGAGCCGCUGCCGGUCAACCGCAACGCCGUCGCCGCGCUGAAACAGCGCCUGCUGGCAGGGGAUUCAGGUGCAUCAGGAGCUGCCUCGGCAGAAGCGCCGUUGAAUUGGGGCGCGGAAGGGGAGGAGGGGCCCCUCCUUGCAACAGGGCGGUACAGGAUAACGCGGCGGGCGGAAGCGCUGGUUGCGCUGAUGCAGGGGGCACUAGAGGAGGCGGUGAAAUCCGGCAGCCCCGCCGUUGCGCAGUCGCUCGCCGCCGCCGUGCAGGACGCGGCCGAGCUGGCCGGAGCACUGCCGCCCUCCGUGCCGCAGCCGGCGGCGCUCUUCCACAACGAUUGCCACCACGUGGCCGCGCAGCUGCUCAGCCUGCCCUACCUCUUCGCGCCUGCCCUCGCGCAGCUGGCGCCCUCCGCCCCCUCCCACUUCAUCGACUCCGCCCUGCGCCUGCGCGCCGCCGGGACGGCCGUUCUAGACGCCCAGGUGGAGAGGCAGGCUGGUGAGGUGGCGAGCGUGCUGGACGCGGCAGAAGGCUUCUCCAGGCUACAUGUGGCCCAGCGAGGCAUUGCCGCCCGCAAGGUGGUGCAGCAGGCGCUGCAUGCCUUGCGGCGGAUGGGGGACGUUAUGGGCGGCGUCCUGGCUCCGCGCGAGUUUGUGCGCGUGGCCGGUACUGUCGUGCAGACGCUGGCCGACCGAGCUGUGGGCGAGCUGCUGGCGCUGCGGGACAUAAGCGUGGAGGAGAGCGAGGAUCUGCCACGCAUUCUGGGCCCGCUGGCCGACGACGCCGCGGCCGCCGCGCUCGGCCGCUCCGGGGCGCUCGACCAGCCGCCGCCCCACCGCGACGCGCUGCUGGCCGCCAUUGAGGCCGGCGCGCCCGCGCUCGCCAAGCUGCGGGAGGUGCUGUUUGUGAUGGGCGCGCGCUUGCUGGAGAUCGACCAGAGGUGGAAGGAUGGCGGCCUGGAGAGGGCCGGGCUUACUGCAGAUGAAGUGGUGCACUUGAUCGAGGCGCUGUUUGAGGACACGGACCUGAGGAGUGAGGUGCUGCAGCACAUCAGAUCAGCAAGGUGA